CUCCCUCAUCCCCGCCGUAAAACGCAACAGCGUGGCGUUAUGGAGGCAUCCCGGAAGACUCAGCCAUUUUCACAGUUGUUCUCCCAAACACAAGCACACACGGUCUGGCUGCUUCUGGUUUCUGUGUCGCUCGCUGCCGCCGGCUCAAUGUCAGAUAAGACUCAGCUGCCAAGCAGAGACCGAGCUCUGAAGGGAAGGGAGGAGAAAAUGGUCGUGGCAGACAAGCAUGCAGUCAGUGGGAAUCCCACUUUGGAGCCUUUUCCAGAAGGCAUGGAGACCAUCAUGUUUGGUAUGGGCUGUUUCUGGGGAGCAGAGAGACUUUUCUGGCGGCUUCCAGGGGUCUUCUCGACACAAGUGGGCUACGCUGGUGGCUUUACAACCAACCCCACCUACCACGAGGUCUGCUCAGGUCUGACAGGUCACACUGAGGUGGUGAGGGUGGUCUUCUCCCCUAAAGACAUCAGCCUUGAGGAACUGCUUAAACGCUUUUGGGAGAGCCACGAUCCUACACAAGGUAUGAGGCAGCAGAAUGACCAGGGUACUCAGUAUCGUUCAGCCAUUUACACAUCCAACCCCCCUCAACAGGAGCUUGCACUGAAGAGCAAAGUGGCCUUCCAGCAGGAGUUGGAUAAAAAAGGCUACGGUCCCAUCACAACAGAGAUCCUGGAGGGGCAGCAGUUUUACUACGCUGAGGACUAUCACCAGCAGUACCUGAAGAAGGUACCUAAAGGCUAUUGUGGCCUCAAAGGCACUGGCAUCUCAUGUCCCAUUGGAGGCAGAAAGGAUGAACUGUGAGACUAUGAAGUGAGAGAGAAAAGGAUCACUUGUCGGAUGAGGAUUUUUGUAGGUUCUAAUGUCGUCAUUUACUGUUCUUAAUAUUUUAUUGUUACAAGUAUUUGAUACACUGUUUAAAAAAAUACGUAUUUCUAGUGUAUCUGUCAGUAUUUUUAGCAUAAGACCAUAUUAGUCAAAUCAUGAAUUCAUUACUAAGCCUCAGGGAAUUUUUCUGUUCAAAGCUUCAAUAAGUCCGUGCUGUCUGUCAGUUAUAGGGAAUAUUUACAGUUUACAGCAAGGACAUUUUCUCUGUGUAGCACUGUUCAAACAAAAAAAGCAAUUCAAAGUUCUUUAUGUAAGAUUUUAAAAAAUAUUUAAAAAAAAAAAACAAAAGACAAUAAGAAGACAAUAAGAAAGGAAAAUAAAAGGAGGUAAAUAAAAAAGAUGCUGGAAUUCAAGUGCAGCUGUAGCAGUGUCCGUUAGAUUGCAGCAGCAGUCAGCCUCCAUAGGGUGGCGACGUUUCUUAAAAAAUAGCAGCUCCAGCAGAAUUUUUUUUUUGUUUUGUUAUACUGUAGCAAAGAAACCAUGUAAAAUCUUUCCCUUCCACAGUUGUUCGAUGGGAAGAAAAUCUACCAACCUCAUUGGUAUUCCUAACCAGCAGUCUUUUCACAUCCAUCUUAAAGCCAGAACACUGUGACAGAGCUCAGACUUUAUUGUCAGAGUAACAAUUCUUCAGAUUUCUUAAAUGCAGAUUUUAAUAUGAUCAUACGAUUUUACUAAGUAGCUUAGUAAAAGGCAAACGCAACAAUACCAGCAUUAAUUCAAUGCGGUCUCUUCUGGAAAUAAUAAAAUAUAUCUUCU